CUCAAAUUCCUAAUCUGGCCAGUUAAUUCCCUCCAAUCAGAGCGAUUCAACCACAGACCUCGGCUUCUUCCCCCAAACAGGCUUACAUCAUUCCCACCUCCACCAUAUUAAUAAACUCCACUCGACCUGCUCUAUAACUGGCUAGCAAUCACUCCAAUUUUAAGUUUUUAUUUCAAUUCAGCUUGAAAAUGCCCCUCUGUACUCUCCACCUCCUCUCCCUACACUCUACUACCCCCAACCCGAUCCCCACCUUUCUAUCCGCCCUUCAAUCAUCAAACAUCUCACCACUCGUAAUCUCACGAGUAAUCCGCUGGAUAAUACUCCCUUCAAAACUCUCCACAGACAUCCUCCUCGCCCAAAACAUACACUGGGACAUCCUCCUCAUCAUCCCAAGCACCAACCCUCUCCCAUCAUCCCUCCAAAAACUAGUCCAACAUCACUGGAGCGUUACCGCAGGGAUUCCUUCACGUUUGCUCCAAGACUUUGCUGGCAAGAAUAAAAAACUGCUGCACGCUGACCCGGCAUCCGCACCCAAGCUCUCCAGCGCGUUAGAAAAUACCCCUACAGCAGACUCCGCACAAGCCCUAGAAUUAUCGCAAGACUUGCAAUCUUGGAUCCAGCGUUUCUCCUCCGAAGGCGGCAUCGAAGGCCGUGGCCCAGUCUCUAUGUUAAAUCUCCUCUCCUUCAACCCCGGAAUGAAAGACUCAUAUCUCCAAUAUGGAAAAGCGUUUGCCGAAUCCAUUGGCUCCAAGCGAGGCGGGAAUGCUAAGAUAGUUGGCAGUGUUGUCGAAGUGAAUGGAAAGAAAAAGAUGCAAGGAGGAGGAUGGGGGGGAGGAGUUGGGAGGGAGGAGUUGUGGGACGAAGUCACGUUGGCGCAUUAUCCAAGUAUUUGGCAUUUCGCGGAUAUGUUAGCGAGUACGGAUUACCAGGAUGUAAACAAGAAGUUUAGAGUACCAGCUCUAAGGGAUACGUUUAUUCUUUGUACGAGUGAGAUAGGGGUUGAGGAGAUGGGGGUGGGGUUGGGGAGGUUUGGGGGAAAGUUGUGAGGAAAUUUUCAGAAUGGUUUGGACUGCAAGAAGUGAACCAGAAAGAGGAGAGUAGUCAAGGAGAGCGUAUUCGUAGAAAAGUCAUAAAGGAAGCCACCUUUGCAGAAUUGAGAUAUUUGUGACUGAGAUUCGUGGAUCAAAAGAAGCUAGUGUUUCCAUCCAGACCAUCAAACUCCAUAGAGAACCUCGAAAAGAGAAUGAAAAGGGGAGACAC